CAAAAUAAAAGGAAAAACGUAAAACCUCUGAAAAACAACAAAAGCAAAACACCAAAAGCUAGAAACGGCCAUUUUCCCAAGUAAUAUUAAAAUGCAUCCAAUUUUUCAUAGAUCAGUCAAGUUCAAAUUUGUGUCAUAUAAAACAUGUAACUUGUCUUUUCCUAUAGGUGACUUCACUUUUGAAUGAUAUGGAAACAUAUUACCAAACAAAAGAAAACAAAACAUUUCUUGUUCUAGUUUAAAUAUAAACCUAAGUUACAAUAAAUAAUUAUUUUCAAAAAUGUUACUUGGUCUAGGUACAUCUCUUUGUAAAGAAAACCAUUAAUUCAGCAUAAUGUUUUAGUAAACAAGUAAAAGGGAAAAGAAUACAGGUCUUGUGCCAAAACAGACAACUACUUUAAUAAUGGCAUGGAGCUGAACCUGUACUAUUUGAAAAGAUGCGAUAGUCUCCUAGGUAUUUCAUGUUUUCUUUCUUAGUAUUUGAAUGCAAAUGCUAGCCAGACAAAUCCAUUCUCUUGCAGGUAGGUUGCAUAAUUUGAUUCUGUCUCACUCACUUUUAACAGGAUGCCUUCAGCUAUCCUGUGAGUUAACAGCAAGCUCUGGAGAAUUGCUCUACCUUUGAUUUUUCUUACCCUCAGGAAAAAGGAAGGAAAACAGGCAAAAACCUGACUGUAGGCCUCACGUAGCUUCUUGUUUUACUGCUUAAACAGGACUGCAUAAAACUACGAUAUACCAGAAGAGAAGAUUCAACAGAUGUGAAAAACUAGCUACUCUCUGAAAGAGUAGCUGCUACUACUUCACACUGAGUGCUAGCAUUUGACAUUUCCUAUAGUGCCACUAAAAUGCAAAUUGUUUUCUAACCUAAGAGUACACAUUUGGCUCAGAAUUAAUAAAAUGUAGGUUAGUAUGUUUGGAAAGUAUCAUACCUUUGCACUGCUGAAAUCAGCCUACGGAUUUUAAGGACUUUUGGUCUAAUGUACUGGAACUACUUAGAUAUUAUCCCUUUGAAAUAAGGAACUCUGCUCAUGUAGGAUUUCUCUGUACUGGAUAAAGAUGUAAACACGGGGGCAUACACAGCUUGGUUUAAGGCAUCUUAUUUGUGGAAGGGAAAUUCUUUCAGUGUGUACUUCAGGUUAUUCAAGUCAGGCUCUCAUGCCAGUCUUGGACAAGCCCUCCUUUCUUCCAUUGGUUCUACAAGGACAUUAGCUUUCUAAUCUCAGCAUCUACAAUGGCUAUCUAUGUUUGGUAAGUCUGUGUUUUGGAAGUGAAUUUUAAAAGAUGGCAAAGGAGGAAGUUUGUUGUCCUUAAAUAAUUGCUUGCCCAAUCCAUACUCUGGGAUUGUGCAAAAAUCAGAUAAUGUAGCUCAGUAAUAGUAAGAUACUCCAUCUUUAUAGUUGAAAUUACUUUUCUAAAUCAUAAGAUGUGUAAUGAAGUGAUGUAUGGGGGCUAAAGCACCCUAAAACAAUACAGUAUAGUUAGUAUUUUGGAAUGCACGAUAGUUGUAUCUACCAGCAUGACAGUCGUUCAGCUCCCUGCAGAAAGGUAUCUUAUGUGGGACUAAUUGAACUGAAUAGAAGUUGUGUGCUCUUAGUCUGAAUUCUCAAAGUGUUUCCCCUUACAAUACAAUUAUCAGUACCCUUUCCCUGAAGUAGCUCCGCAGGGAGAAAAGCUGAGUUAUAAGAUAGUUGUUGCAUAUCAAUGUCAGAUAAGAUGUUAGGUUGUGCUUCUAUCUCUUCUUUUCAGCAAGAAAGAGGGUUGCUUACUGCAAAGUGAAUAGAGAUCUUCAGACUUCCAAACUUAAAAGGGAGUAAGAAGACAGCCUAAUUUCUUCUGUACUUUUGUGUUUGUACACAAAGUUAAAGCAAUAAUGCUUUGAGUCUGCUAUAAAGCAAAUGUUCUCUUGCUUCCUGCAGGUCAUGUUAGUUAGGUACCUUUAUAUUGCCAAGGCAGAUUUCUGUUACAUGACAGGUGCUUUCUGCUAAAAUCCCAAACCUGUGGUGUUUCAGUAUAUCUUUGUAGAUAAGAAUUUUCUCUCUAGCCUAUCUGUAUUUGUUGCUUAAGUAUGUCUUAUAUUAUUUGACUCUUUAACUUUUGGAAGCACUGGAUGCAAUAUACAAGUAAUUUGGUAAUUUGUUUGAUUUUUUUUGCUUCAAAAUUGGUGACUGCUCUUUUCCUUAUGUUAUCCUUAUGUAGUGGAAAUGCUAAGUCAGGGCCUGAAACAAGGAUUGAGCACCUGAAAUGGAAGGCAGGUGCAUGCUAUGUACCUGAGUGACCAGAAGAGUGGAGCCAGGAUCCAACCCUUUCCUGACCUCACUUAAGGGUUGGUAGUAGAGGUGAGGGCAUUUCUUGCCAGAGGUCCCUGCCUACCUGAGGCUUUCCAAAGGUCAGCAGCUCUUUUCCUUCAUUUCUGCAUUUGCAGCUGCUGCACUUGGGCUUACUGUCAUUUGCUGCAGUCAAAGACUUUGCCACCCUGCUAUAGUCAUGGUACUUUCCAUCCCAUUAUAGCAUUACACCUUAAAACACAAUGCUAUUUUUUAGCCUUAAGGAUUUCUUGUUUUCAAUCACUUAGUAGUAUUAUUAAAUAUAUAUAUACACUGUUGUUAUUUAUUUAGGAAACAAAUUACUGCUGUAAAGGCAAAUGAGAAGUUAAUGUCUAUGAAAUGCUGCUUCUUUGCUCCAGUGUUGCUUAAAUUAACUGAAAGUGCACAUUUGUUUGUGAUGCAGUAUUUAUUCAUGUAUGGAACAAACCACUGCUGCUUAUGUCUAAAUGCCCCUUUUUGAGUCCUCAGCUGCCCAAACACCUCAACAGGCAUAAUUAAGGAGCUCAUGGAAUAAGUUAAUGCAGACACAAAUUGCUGUAUGAGAGGUCUGUAGGCCUUCUUUUCCAUAAAGAAGGCAUAAAAUAAAUGGAUGUACUCAAGGAAGUAAGAUAUUCCCUCAAAAAAAGCACACAAGUUGUACACUUGUGUAGCCUUAGUUAAUAACCUAAAGCCAUUUAAAGGAUCUUAUUUCUUAGUGGGUACAAAAGAAGAGUUGUUAUGGUUAAAAUGAAUUUCCAGAUAAUCAGUAGCUUUACAGAAGUUACGGGGAAGAUGAAUGUUUUAUUCUGUUUAAAUCAAGUCAUCCUGCUGUCAGUAGAAAUCUCAGAGGUUCAGCCUUGUGGAAGGAUUUAAAGGCAACACUUCAGCAGUAAUCGGAUUAGAAGGACUUGCAUAGCUACGUGGUCUAAAAACCAGAUAAAAGAAACCAGAGUUCAGAUUUGCCACAAAGAAAGGCAGUGAGCUGUAAAGUGCAGAACCUGAGGCUGAUUUUGACAAUUACCUGAAGUAGGGAUGCCUGCAGAUUUCAAUGGUUACUGGAAAAUGAUCAGCAAUGACAAUUUUGAGGAGUAUCUCAAAGCACUGGAUGUAAAUGUUGCUGUAAGAAAAAUAGCAAACUUGCUAAAACCUGACAAAGAAAUCUUUCAGAAUGGCGAUCAUAUGAUUAUUAAAACGCUAAGCACUUUUAGAAACUACAUCAUGGAAUUUGAUGUAGGAAAGGAGUUUGAGGAGGAUUUAGCUGGGGUGGAUGAUCGCAAAUGCAUGACCACAGUUUCUUGGGAUGGAGAUAAGCUACUCUGUGUACAGAAAGGAGAAAAAGAAGAUCGUGGUUGGACUCAGUGGAUUGAAGGAGAUGAAAUGCACCUGGAAAUAAGAGUGUGUGGAGUCAAAUGCAAGCAGGUCUUUAAGAAGGUACAGUGAGCCUACUGCUGACACAGAAGUGAAGAACAGUAGAAUGUACAGACUUGCCACCAAAUCUCCAAGCACUAGUAAUGAACAUCAUCAGUGAUGAAAGAUACAGAGAUGAAGAUUACAUUAGAACUGUAUAAUCAAAAACAUUUUUAACAAAUUAUUUUUAAGAAAUAAUUGCAAAUAAAACCCCAUUAAAGUUACUAAACACUAUAAAUGGGUGUGCACCAUGAUUCUUGACUACACAAAAACUGAGACUGUUUGAUAAAAAACAAGAUACUGGAGUUAAAGGCCAUGUGAGCACAUUUUUUACUUACAGUGAAAAUUGCCUUUCUGUAGCCUUAACAAGGGGCCUUAAUGUAAUCUUGUUUUCAGGCUAUGAAUUGUUGUAGGGAAGUGAAUGAGAAAUGCAGUACGUGGCUGACCAAAAAUCCUCAUCUCUCUGAAGCCAGUGAGAAUUUUACCACCAGCUCCAAUGGAGCAGUACUUCACUGAAAGUAUUCCACCAAAA